AUGAAGACCGAUGAGAACAUCGAGGUCGUCAAGCAAAUACCACUUGAGCGUCUGCAGAUCGAGACGGACGGCCCGUGGUGCGAAAUGCGACCUAGUCAUGCAUCAGCCAAGUAUCUGCAAGACGCACCUCCACUACCCAAGGCGGUCAAGAAGGAGAAGUUCGCCAAGGGCAUGAUGGUCAAGGGGCGGAAUGAGCCAGCUACGAUACCACAUGUGGCACAUGCGAUUGCAAAGAUCAAGGAGAUCACCGUAGAGGAGGUUUGCGACGCGUAA